AUGUCCGGUACGCAUUUUUUAAUCGGAAUAUGUACCAAAGAUUAUGUGAUUUUGGCAGCGGAUCGUUCAUGCUUUGCACAUGGAGCGAUUGUUGUUACCGAUGAUGAGGAAAAGAAAUUUACCUUGGGUGAUAAAUUAGCAAUGAUAUGCAUUGGCGAGGAUGGUGAUGUAGCGCAGUUUGGAGAUUGGUGCAAACGAAAUAUUCAAUUGUAUAAACUCCGAUAUGGUUACGAAAUGAGUCCACGCUCAAGUCAUCAUUGGAUUCGUCGAAGUAUUGCUGAAGCUUUGCGAACACAAGAUUAUUAUGUUGUUGAUACACUGAUUGGUGGUUAUGAUAGCAUUGAAAAGAAAGCCUUUCUUGGUUCCGUUGACUACUUGGGUAAUGGCAUUGCUGAUCAGCCUUAUAUAUUUCGUGGAUUCAGUGGACGAUUCUGUUAUGCAAUUCUGGACAAAACGUAUAGGAAUGAUAUGACUGAGGCCGAAGGAAUGGAUUUGCUGAAAAAGUGUCUGCAUGAAUCGAAACGUCGUUUCAUCGUUAAUUUACCAUCAUUUGAAGUAAUGGUUAUCGAUAAAGAUGGAACGCGACAAUUGGAGGAUAUCAAAGUUUAG